UCUGGGAAAAGGAGCGUCUGCAGAGCCGGAGCCUCAGAGCCUCAGAGCCUCAGACAGUCAUUCCGCAGCCACAGCGGAGGAAACACAACCGAGCUAUUGAAGAAGCAGCCAUGGCAGCAGGGAGAAUGCGCUCCACUCGCAGACUGCGCUCCUGGAUCGUCGAGCAGGUCAGCAGUGGGAAAUAUCCGGGUCUGGUGUGGGACGACGAGGCCAAAACCAUGUUCCGCAUCCCUUGGAAACAUGCAGGGAAACAGGACUUCCGCAAAGACGAGGACGCCGCCAUCUUCAAGGCGUGGGCGGAGUUCAAGGGGAAGCUGACAGACGAGGGUCAAGAUAACCCAGCCGCUUGGAAGACCCGUCUGCGCUGCGCCCUCAACAAGAGCCCGGAGUUCAAGGAGGUGAUGGAACGAGCCCAGCUGGACAUCUCGGAGCCGUACAAGGUGUACCGCCUGGUCCCGAUCAGCGAGCAAGGCGUGGUGGUGCCCGAAAAGAAGAGCAGAGAAAAAACCUCCAGAAGGUCAAAAAGGAGGAGAAGCGAGUCGGACAGUGAAGACGACAGCCAGGUCAAACAGAUAAAGAGGGAAGAGGCCACGUCUCAGCUGUGUGUCGAGGACACUCCCGUCCAGAGGGAGGAGACCACUCAGUGCACCGCCUUCAUCCAGACAGACUCAGUCGAUGAGAUCAGGUUGGACGUGCGGAUUGAGGAGAGCGUCGCCGCUCCUGUAGGAGCCCAGGACUCCUUCAAUGUGGCAGUUCACUAUUUAGGACAGGAGGUGCUCAGACGUCAGAUUCAGGGCACCGAUGUGCGGAUAACGUACCUUCCCUCCUCGCCUGUUCCCCCGACGCCAGCCAUUCUGAAAGCCCGGUUCCCGCGCAUCCCGCUGCCUGAGCCGCCCUCCACGCUGCCGGCUGGCCCGGAGCUGCAGGCGCUUUUCACCCUGCUCCCCUUCAUGGAGAGGGGCGUGGUGCUGACCUCCACGCCGCAGGGAGUUUAUGGCAAGAGGUUCUGCCAGGGGCGGGUUUUCUGGACGGGGCCGCACACGACCACGCCGGGCCUGCACAAGAUGGAGAGGAACACAGAGCCAGUGCUGCUUUUCAAUAAAGAAAUCUUCAAGCAACAACUGGACCUCUUCCGUUCAAAUGGCGGUCAGCCUCCUGAGUGUGGCUUCACUUUGUGUUUUGGAGAAGAGCUGAGUAACUCAGAGGACCCAUCCAGGAAGCUGAUUAUUGUUCAGAUCACUCUACCAUGGGAAGAACAGCAGGUACAGAACGCUCAGUCCAUCUUGGAGUCCAUCACCAUCCUCCAGUCUUUGGCCAGCCAAUCCCCACUGGGAGAAAUAACUCUGAACCUCGUCACGGUGCCUUCACCGACCUCCGAGGGCAUCGGCUGCGGGACUCUCUGAGGACUUAGAUGGGUUUUAUUCCAAAAAAUAAGACACAUUCCUCCCCCCAGUUAUAAAUCUGACAGCAAGGAUGGGCUUUUUAAGUGAAUUAAAAACAGAGUAAGAUGAUGAGAUAUCAAAACAGGAACCUAUUUUCCUAUUUUGAUAUCAUCUUCAAAUCAAACCUAUUUUUGCCCAAACAAUUUGCACAAAUACAGACGUAAGACACUUAUGAGAAAUAGGAAAUCAAAUGUGAACUAAUAUUAAAGGGGACCUAUUCUGCUGUUCCUUAUUUUUUGUCAGUGGUAGAAGCUCAGAUGAAACAGCGGAUUUCCCUAAUAUGGCCAUGUCAGACACCCAAUUCUGGGUGUGACCACAGAAGCUCCACCCACUGCGUGUCCAAAUGAUUAAGAGGGGCAGCCAAUCAGAAAAAAGUUGGCUUAAAGGGGGAGGAGCCAAAACAGGUUGUUUCACAGGAUAAAUGACUGCCAUGUGGGCAAAAGUAACAAUAUUUGGAUGUGAGGGUAGAGUGCUUACAGUAGCAUAAAAAUGCUCCAAAAGGCACCAA